CUGUCGGCUGCUUUUAAAUGUGACGCUCGGCGACAGAGGACACAUUCGCAGCCGGAGUGAGUCGGUCUGUGUACGACGGCUAUUUCCUCUGUUAUUUCAAAGUUGUAGCUUGAAUCAUGUAACUUUUAUUUUUAGUUUUGCCGCAGUGCUGUGAAACAAGGAACCGAAAAACUGAUGAGGCUGGACAAAGUGCAUGUUUUACUGUGCUGGGUUCUCUUGACGAGGCUCGGCGCCGAAGGGAGAGGAUACCAUGUCUCGACUGAACGACGAUCCUGGGACGAUGCCAGAAGGCACUGCCAGGACUGCUAUACAGACCUGGUGAUUGGGACUCCCGAAGAAAUCAAGCAAGGCUCUCACCCUUUAAGUGAAUCCUCUGUUUACUGGAUCGGCCUCCGCAAGGAACUGUCGUCCUCCAGGAAUGGCACCAUGAACUCCAGCAGUGUUCCCUGGACCCACUGGGCCAACAGAGAUCCCCUCACCUUCCAGAAAUGGUUCCCUGGUUGGCCUGUGCCGAAUGACACCGAGGACUCAUGCGUGGCGAUGUUGAACUUUGAGUUUUGGGUUGAGGAGAACUGCUCGGAGCCUCUGCCCUCCAUUUGUUAUGAUGAUGGUUUUUGUUGUGAAAUCAGUGUGACAGAUAUAUUUUCCACCCAUGCCACUGUGACAUGGCCACCUGCCAGUGGGUCGGUCGGCCAUUAUGAGGUGCUUCUCAAUUCUCAACGUGUACUGAAUACCACGGAUUUAACAUGGGAUCUGGUCAGCCUUACACCAGGCACAAAAUACACAGUCCGUGUUGCUGCCCUCAAGUGUUCUGGACUUUUAUACCUACCAUCUGUCACUUUCGACACUCCUCCAGACAGGAUUUCAAACCUCAUGGUGACCGCAGGUCACAACCACCUGAAUGCAAGUUGGAACCCUCCUGCGAGGGGGCGGUAUUCAUCUUUCACUGUGCUGUAUUUAACACGCAGAACCAUUCAACAGUUUGUCGGGCUGAACGACACCAAGAAGACGUUGGUCGGACUGGAGAGUGACACCCGCUACAUAGUGUUGGUCUUGGCUGUCAGUGAAUAUGGGAAACAUUCUGGGUUGCACACAAUCAUAUACACCUUGCGAUCUCCACCUUCUAAUGCCAGAGCCACAGCGACUGAUAAAGACAGGAUCACCUUUGAAUGGACUCCUCCCGAAGAUGUCACAUGGGAAACAUACAGUGUGAAAAUCAGCUCGGCCUCCUGGGGCCACAGCUGGUCUGCUAUCGUCUCUAACAAAACCAGGCACACCUUCUAUGACUUGAAACCAGAUUCUAAGUACGACUUUGAAGUGUACGCCAUUGGCAAUGGAAGAAAUAGUUCCUCCACACAUUGUUAUGCUCACACAGUGCCAUUACCGCCAUCUGAUGCCAGAGCCACAGCAGCUGAUGAAGACAGGAUCACCUUUGAAUGGACGGCUCCCGAAAACUUCACACGGGCCACAUAUGGCGUGAACAUCAGCUCGGCCUCCUGGGGCCACAGCUGGUCUGCUACUGUCUCUAACACAACCAGACACACCUUCUAUGACUUGAAACCAGACUCCAAGUACAACUUUGAGGUGCAUGCCAUGGGCUUUGGAGGAAAUAGUUCCUCCACAAAUUGCUCUGCUUACACUGUGCCAUUGCCGCCUACUGAUGCCAGAGCCACAGCAGCUGAUAAAGACAGGAUCACCUUUGAAUGGACGGCCCCCGAAAACUUCACUGGGGCCACAUACAUCGUGAACAUCAGCUCUGGUUUCUGGGACUACAGGUGGUCUGCUGCUGUCUCCAACAGAACCAACCACACCUUCUAUGACUUGAAAUCAGGGUCCAAGUACAACUUUUCAGUGCACGCCAUGGGCAUCGGAGGAAACAGUUCCUCUGCAAAUUGUUCUGAUUACACAGUGACCGUGGAGAGAGAAAUCAGCCUGUCCAUGCUCUGCUCCUCUGCCACGCCUCUCCUGUGUGACCAGAGCUCAACCAGGGAAGACGUGUUCAAUCGGCUGAAAGCACACAUUGAGAAGAUAUUGGGAGACAACGUUAAAUGGAGCCUCGAGAAGAAGAUGAUUAAUUCCACAGGAGGAUAAAACAAAAGUUGAUGUGUUUCCUCUUCCUUAAGUCUUUGCAAUCAGUUAGACCUGGGGUGUCCAACACAGUUUAAUUUGUUUCAACGGGCCCAACUGUUAAAAUGGUCAAAUUUUUCUUUGUUGUGGCACAAACCUGAUGAAACUAUUACUAAUCCUUUAGAUAAUGGCAACAAUCUAAA